AUGAGUAUAGCUGCAUAUGCGUAUGAAGCUGACAAAGCUAAACGUUUAUAUUUUGGUCAAUACUCUCUCACACUUACUGACAAAUAUAUUGUUAUUUCUGAUGGAAAUACUGAGAAAUAUAUAACAUGGAAGGACUAUGAAAAGUUUGACCCAAUUUUAACUUCAUGCACUAUGCCAUUCAUUGAAAAUGGUGAAAUCGUCAUGAAAGAUAACACAACUGUCUCAAAGUCUGUUCGUGAUAUUUUAGACUACUUGCUUCAUUUGGGUCCUACAGGAUUUGACCCAUAUACAACUCAAUGUCAAGUACCAUUCAUAAACGACUCAGCAGAAAUAAAACUCAAAACGUCAACAGUAGAUGAAUCAAUUGCUGACUCAUUGACAAAACUUCUUGAUAUAAUAAUGAGGUUCAAUACAUUCAAAACAACAUAUGAAACCUUUAAGAAAAAUUAUGACGAUUUCUUUAAAAUUACAUACAUCGAGCCUACUGCUCCUCAAACACCAGACUAUGCAUGUCUUAAAAUAAACGCUGCACGGACACAAGUUAGAACACUGACUUUUGACGGAGAUAAUAUCGUUAGAGGCGUUACAUCUGGAGACACAUUACUUACGAAAGAAUACUUAAAAAGUCAUAUCAGUGAUUUUGUGAAAAUAGAACAAAGUGGAGGAGGUAAGAGUUGGUUAGGGUGGUUGUUUGAUUUAUUUUCAGCAGGUGCAACAACUGCAUCUCUUAUAACCAUGCAAAGUGAGAUAGACGCACUUUGGACUUUUCUUGGUGGCAUAGAUAGCAUGAAGUUUUAUGUUGAGUUUGCUAAAUUGCAUGGAAAUACAGGAAGUUUCUUUGACGGUCUCAAAAAUUUAUGGGGUAAAGUAGCAAAUAAUACAAAGAAACUAACUAACUGGGCACUCAAACGUAAAGUAUGUUCGACGGACUUGCUUACAACCCUCGUCUCGGAAUUAUUGAACCAAUUAAUUUACAUCCUUUAA